GAUAGCAGUGAUGUGGUAUGUUUCGCUGCCGGAAAAUGGCAUAUACAACCACAAAUACAACCAUCCGACUGGUGCAGCUUAAAAAAGAAAUUUCAGGGCUUCCAUUUACUACAUGUUUCGAAGUUCAUGUAUGAGAACAAUAUUUCUUCGUGUAUUCAUAUUUUUUAGGAGUUUGCAACAUCAAAGCUCGAAGCAAGGCAAUCGAUCAACAGGGCUCAGUCACUCAGUACUAUGCUUAGUACUUUUUUAAAUAUCUAUCGGAGAAGUCUGGCUGGGAGAAUGGUACACUUGCAAAAUGUAUCAAUUCAGGAAGAAAUUCAGACGCUCAAAUGACUUCUUUUACAAUAACGUGGAGAGGAAAGGAAACACACAAAAAGAUGAUGCGAAUAGCAGUGUGUCAUAUGAAUCUCAAUUUUUUGAACAAGAAAAUGAAUUUGGGGAUUUAAAUGAACAAAGUGAAGAUAUUGCUGAAAAUUAUGACAAGCACCAAGAGUUAACCACCAAAACACAGGUUUUUAAUGUACAUAUUGAUAUUGUUUCUCAUGAAAAGUCAUUGGAAAUGGUUAUAUGUAGGACUGCUUUCACUAGAAAAAGCUAAAAAAUUUUGAAGUAAUUUA